AUGGAAAGCCCCACUAAUGAACCCUCUGUCCAAACACCAGUUGCUACAGAAGAUGAUGGUGCUAUUCCCACCCAAGUUGAAGAUUCUGCUGCUACCCAAGCUGAAGCAGCUGCUGCUUUUGAGUUUCCCCCAGUUCCACCAUGCCAAGUGAGUAUGACAGCUCCUGUUAGUGGUGGUUGUAGUGGUAGGAAAAAGUCUGUUGUUUGGGGUCACUUUGAAAAAGUAAAGAUAGGUGAGGGUGAUACUAGUAAAACUAAGGCUAUCUGUAAUUAUUGUCAAAAAUCUUAUAAUGCUGAUAGUAAGAGUUAUGGUACUAGUAAUUUGUUAGUUCAUGUGCCAAUAUGUCCCAAGAACCCUAAUAGAGAAGAUGUAGUUAAAGGGCAGAAAACAUUAGCUUUUGUACCCAAAAAGAAUGGAGAAGACGGAUUCCACCUUGUGUCAACAUCCUUUUCUGUUGAGGCUUCUAGAAAGGCAUUGGCCGAAAUGGUUAUAACUGAUGAGUUGCCUUUUAGGUAUGUCAAGGGGUAUGGGUUUAAGAAAUUUGUAAGUACCUUACAACCUAAGCUUAGAUUAAAGGAUAUCCCAUCUCGUCAAACUGUGGUUAGGGAUGUGAUUGGCAUUUAUAAUAGUGAGAGAGAGAAGUUGAAGGGUUGUAGGGUGUGUCUCACUACGGACACAUGGACUUCUAUUCAAAAUUUAAAUUAUAUGUGUCUAACAUGUCACUUUAUUGAUGAUGCUUGGAAAUUGCAUAAGAGAAUUUUAAAUUUUUGUCAAGUUGAAGACCACAAGGGGGAGACUAUAGGUAGAAAGAUUAAGAUGUCAUUACGUGAGUGGGGUAUUGAUGGGAUAUUCACCUUAACAGUGGAUAAUGUUAGCUCAGAUUUAACAACAAUUAAAUUUUUGCAAAGGGUGACCAAAGAUUGGAAUGGGGCAGUUUUAAGAAAUGAGUACUUACACAUGAGGUGUUGUGCCCAUAUCCUAAAUCUCAUUGUGGGGGAGGGUUUGAAAGAGAUAGAUGCAUCUGUUGCUAAGGUGCAUAAAGCUAUGAGGUAUGUGAAGUCCUCACCCAAUAGAAGUCAAACUUUUAGGAGUUUUAUGGAGAGGUUAGGUAUGGAGUCCAAGAGUCUUCUUAGUUUAGAUGUACCUACUAGGUGGAACUCGACCUAUAUCAUGUUAGAAACUGCUGAAAAUUUUGAGAAAGUGUUCCUUCAAAUGGAUUUUGAAGAUGAUGGUUAUUCGUCGUACUUUAGGACCAAGGAAGAUAGUGGUGGUUUGGGGUCUCCGUUUGCAGAAGUGAUGGUUGAUAAGGUGAAAGAUCUUUUGUUUAAGUUGUAUAAUUUUUACACUUCUAUUCAUUUACCAAAUGUGCAAAAUCAAAGUGGGAGUUGUAGUAAUGAGCUUGAGAGGUAUUUGGCUGAAAAUUGUAAUGGUAGAAAGGAUGCGAAUUUUGAGAUAUUAGAGUGGUGGAGGGACAAUUGUAAUAGGUACCAAGUGUUGUCUAAAGUUGUUAAGGUUGUGCUAGCUGUACCAGUUUCCACUGUUGCAUCUGAGUCAGCAUUUAGCACUAGAGGUCGAAUUGUUGAUCCAUUUCGAAGUGCACUAUCUCCUCUCAUGGUUCAAAACCUUGUAUGUUCACAAAAUUGGCUUCAAGCCAGAGUUCCAAUUUCUCAUCGCCAAUCAAGGGAUGAUGUAGAGGCAUUGGAGGAGGAGUUACUUGACUUAGGUAAUAUGCUUAAAUUCUGA